GAAGCACAUGCGAGCCCAACGAUAAAAUUGCUGUUUCGUGGCAAUUGCAAGUCUGCGCCAGCGCACAUAUAUCAGUCCCUUGGCGCGCAGUUUGCUGCAACGGUUCGCAGAGACCGCGGACCGCGUGAGGAGGGAGUGCAUCGUUUAGUUGUUUUCUCGAGCGCUGGCUGGCGCUGCAGAGCGCGGCGUUUUUUAACAGAUUUAGGCCUAGCGCACUCCAGUGUAACUUGCGCUGUGUCGCUCGCGAGCAGCGUGACAGCAGAGGCAGCAGCACCGUAGUGGAAGACGUAGUUUGCUGCAAUUUCGUGCACACGUGGUGCACCUACUGUGCGCAUUUGGUGUGCUCGUGAAGGUGGCGCGGGAAUCAUGCCUCGAAAAACUGCAUGAUCUGUGCGCGAAAACUUCUUGUGAUGCCGAAGCCAACGCCGAUGGCUGCUGCCACUGCCUUGGCUAGCGCCGUGGUACUCCUUACGGUGUUCACAGUCGCCCUGACAGCUGAUCCAACGACGGAAACGACGCGAGUGAAAUGUCCGGAUACUCAGUUUGCUUGUGCCGAUGGGCAAGGCUGCAUACCAAAGCAGUGGAAAUGCGACUACUCCCCAGAUUGUGCGGACGGCUCAGAUGAGCCUGAGGACUGUGCUCCCAGCACAUGUGCAUCAGGCCAGUUCCAGUGCGCACUAUCCAGACGAUGCAUUCCUAAGGGCUUUGUCUGUGAUAGAGAGUCGGAUUGUGGCUUCACAGAAGACCUUGUCCCAGAUACAUCUGAUGAAGAUGCACGCCGCUGUCACCUGGGAAACAGCUGCCCGCAGAACUACUUUCGGUGCCACGAUGGCAUCACGUGCCGGCGGAUAGCUGUGCUCUGUGAUGGCCACAAUGACUGCCCAGAUUUCUCUGAUGAAGGCCCUUUCUGCUCAGAGACAGCUCAAUGUGCCAAUGCCUCAUGUGAUCAUGGUUGCAAGCCGGGACCCCAGGGUCCCGUCUGCUUCUGCAAGAAGGGCAUGGAGCCCCACCGGGAGAUGCCUUCGUUGUGUGUUGAUGCGGACCCUUGCAGUGUUCCUGGCACCUGCGACCAGAAUUGCACGAGUGGACCCAAGGGCUCGCACAACUGCAGCUGUGUUGAAGGCUACAAAGCAGUUGGAAGCCAGUGCUUUGGAAUAAAUGUCCCAGAAGAUGAAGAGGCCACACUCCUUUUUGCUAAUUCUAUUAACAUUCAACACAUUCACCUGGACGGUUCCCCUGUUGCCGGCAACAGCAGCAUCGCUCCAGUCAAAGAAAGCCUUGCCAUGGAUUUUAACCAUGUGAACAAGACCGUGUGCUGGAUUAACCACGAAGGAAAUGAGACGGUCCUGCAGUGUGCUCUUGUCUCCCAGUUGGAUGUGCGGUGGAACUUGAAGCUGAAAGAUUCUUUUUCGUUGACUACUGUCAAUCAAAUGGCGCUGGAUUGGGUGUCUGGAAACUGGUACUUCCUGGACGAUGUGCGGGAGACCAUAUUUCUUUGCAAUGCCUCACUUUCUGUGUGCGUCACAGUGAUUGACGUUGGACUGAGCAAACCCCGUGGCAUUGCCCUGGACCCUUACAAAGGGUUCAUGUUUGUCACGGAGUGGGGCAGUGCAGCGCCGGUGUUGGAGCGCGCUCACUUGGAUGGAACCGAGCGGACCAAGCUCGUGGAGCAGAAGAUUGUCUAUCCUUUUGGUAUUGCUGUUGACUUGCCCAGGGAAGAGGUCUACUGGGUCGACACUUACCUUGACAUGGUGGAACGCAUCAGCUACGAUGGUUCGAGGCGUACCACCGUCUUCCGCGGGGCUCCCAUGCGCAACCUGUAUGGCAUCACGGUGUUUGAAAACUACCUGUACGUGACAAGUUGGCACAGCAAUUCCGUGGUGGUUGUGCACAAAUACAAUCAGAGCGACAUCCGCACCGUGAAAGCCAACCUGACAAGGCCGUUCUCCAUUCAUGUUUACCACCGUCAACGGAAACCGUACCGGGAGCAUCCUUGCAGCCGAAACAAUGGCAACUGUGAGCAUCUAUGCAUUCCAUCAACCAUAAAAGGGACACUGACAGCUCAGUGCAUCUGCCGCCCCGGCUUUCGCCUCGGGGACCUGGGGCGUUGUGUUGUGGUGGCUCCAGCACAGUUCCUGCUUUACGCACGUGGGCGGCCAGGUGCGGUGAAGGGUAUUUCAACAAGCGACGACUUUCCCGAGUCUAGGGUGUCCCCACUGUUGCGACGUGAAGUGAUGGCUCCCAUACGUUCCCUCAGCCGACCAACAGCAUUGGACUAUGACGCCAAGACGCGCACCGUCUAUUAUUCAGAUGCCCAGCAGUUUGUCAUUGAGCGCCAAGGCCUGGAUGGCUCCAAGCGAGAGGUCUUCACUUCAAAAGGCCUGAACAACUGUGAGGGUCUGGCUGUGGACUGGGCCGGCCGCAACCUGUACUGGACUGAUGAAGGGCACCUGGGCAUCUGGGUGGCACGACUGGAUAAUUCCACACUGCGCCGGCAGCUGGUCUCUCUCAACAUGUCCCAUCCGAGGGCCAUUGUGGUUGAUCCCAAGAGAGGGUACAUGUACUGGUCUGACUGGUCAACUGAACCAUAUCCUCCGGGCGAUGGCCGGGAUGGAGGAAAAAUAGAAAGAGCGUACAUGGACGGUUCACGCCGAGAGGUGUUUGUCUCGCAAGACCUGCACUGGCCAAAUGGCCUAAGCAUAGACUAUGCUAACCGCCAGCUCUACUGGUGUGAUGUGUAUUUCCAUCGCAUUGAACGCAUUGGCCUUGAUGGCAAGGGUCGCGAGGUGCUGGUAGAAGGGGAGCACUUGGACCACCCAUAUGGCCUGGCCCACUUCGGAAAUUACAUCUAUUGGACUGAGUUCCAAAAAGGCCACAUUCUUCGUUUUGACACAGUUUCAAAGAACAUCACUAAACUCAAGACUGAAAACCCGCCCCUUUUUGAACUGCGUUUCUUCGAUGAGGCAUCCCAGUCGACCGGCAGCAGUUGCAGCAGUGACAAUGGUGGCUGCUCACAGCUGUGCUUGUCUAUUCCCGAGGGUCACUCAUGUGCUUGCGGGGACGGCUACUACUUGGCAUGCGGACGGCAUUACGUGCCACCUUCUUGUUUUGUGUUCUUUUCGUUUAUUCUUAAGGCUCUGCGAACUAUACUGAGCCUUCACGUUGUCCGUGAGGGUGAGUUUGAAUGCAAAACUAACCAGCGGUGCAUCGACAAGCGCUAUCUCUGUGAUGGCGACAAUGACUGUGGUGACAAUUCCGACGAGGAUUCCUCGCCAUCUGGAAUCUGUGAGAAAGUGACCUGUCAGGAAGACCAGUUCCGGUGUGACGCCAACCGAUGCAUCUCCUUGCAUUGGGUCUGUGAUGGGGAGCGUGACUGCGUGGACGGCUCAGAUGAAGAGCCAACAUCCAAGUGCAGAAACACGACGUGCAGUGCAGCACAGUAUACUUGCAAGGUGACUGGCAAAUGCAUACCUCACAGCUGGACAUGCGACUCCGACUUAGACUGUGGUGAAGGGGACACUUCGGAUGAGCAUGAAGGCUGUGUGUAUCCAGAGUGUGAUGUGACCGAGUUCCGGUGCAGCAACCAGCGCUGUAUUCCCCUCGACUACGUGUGUGAUGUGGAUGACGACUGUCGGGAUGGGUCAGACGAGAAGGACUGUGCGGCUGUGUCCUGUGAUCGUGGCCACCGGUGUGGUACUGGUCACUGCAUCUGGGAUGCCCUUGUCUGCAAUGGUGUCUGGGAUUGUCAAGAUGGUUCGGACGAAGCUAACUGCACGGGAAGUCGCAACAGCACCAAUGUUCCGCCUUGCCACAAAGAUCAGUUUGGCUGUGGGGAUGGCCAGUGUGUGCCCAAAAGCUGGCAUUGUGAUGGCAAACUUGACUGCCUUGACGAGAGUGAUGAGAAAGGAUGCGGCAAUGUAAACUGUUCCUCGAAUGAAUUCCUUUGUGAGAACCGGCAGGAGUGCGUUCCAGCUCAGUUUGUUUGUGACAGCGACCAUGACUGCAUGGACAACUCUGAUGAAAAGAACUGCACAUCUGUGUCACACCUCAAGUGCCCCAAGCCCAGUCACACCUGUGACAACAAUACUCGCUGCAUAGAGGUCACUCGCCUUUGUGACAAGGUCCCAGAUUGCAAGGAUGGCUCUGAUGAGGGUGGCCUCUGUGAUGAAGGCCUGUGUACCCCUAAUGACUGUGAAGACUUCUGUCGGCCCACACCAUAUGGCAAGACAUGCUACUGUAGGGAUGGUUUGCAGCUUGCCAUCAAUGGCCGAUCAUGCACAGACAAGAAGCCAUGCUCCCAAUGGGGCGUAUGCAGCCAGAAAUGCUUUCAGCUGAAGCACUCACACAAGUGUACAUGUGAGAAGGGCUAUGAGCUUGCCUCAGACAUGUUUACCUGCAAAAGCACUGACCCAGCAACGCCUUACGUCAUCUUCUCCAAUCGACAUGAGCUGAGGAGUGUAGACUUGAACACCAUGUCUCUACGUGCGCUCAUUACGGGCCUCAAGAACACUAUUGCGCUGGACUUCUUCCACUCAGACUCUGGUGACAUGCUUUAUUGGACAGACGUGGUGGAUGAUAAGAUCUACAGGGGCUCGAUCAUUUCAGGAAGUCUUUCAAGUAUUGAAGUGGUCGUGGAGACUGGCCUGGCAACAGCUGAGGGCCUGGCCGUGGACUGGAUAGGCGAGAAUCUGUAUUGGGUGGAAAGCAAUCUUGACCAGAUCGAAGUGGCCAAACUGAACGGUAGCUUCCGAAGAACCCUGGUGGCAGGAAACAUGGAAAGUCCCCGAGCAAUUGUGCUUGAUCCUAGAUAUGGGCUAAUGUUCUGGACGGACUGGGACAAGGAAGCACCACGUAUUGAGCAGGCAUCCAUGAGUGGUGAUGGUCGGCGUGUGGUGCUACGUAUUGAUGAAGUCACUCAGGGGGGUGCAUGGCCCAAUGGACUCACGCUGGACUUCGUGGCACUACGCAUCUACUGGAUAGAUGCCCGAUCCGACUCUGUGCACACAUCACGCUAUGAUGGUUCGGACUACCACGAAAUCCUGCGAGGUCACGAGACCCUCUCGCACCCAUUUGCCAUUACUCUGUUUGGCAACUACGUUUACUGGACUGAUUGGAGGACCAACUCAGUCAUACGAUGCAACAAGUGGAAUGGGUCCGAUGUUCAGAUAGUGCAGAAGGCUGCUAUACAACCUUUUGACAUCCAAGUAUUCCACCCAUCAAGGCAACCAAAAGGCAACGGCAAGAACGGCUGUGCUGCCAACAAUGGCGGCUGCUCUCACCUCUGCCUCCUGAGCUUUAACAACACCUACAAGUGCAACUGCCCGCAUCUGAUGCGCCUCGGAGAGGAUGGCAGGACUUGCUACAGCAUGGAGCGUGUCCUACUUUUUUCAAGGCCCAAUGAAAUUAGAGGCGUUGACCUCGAUAUGCCAUAUUAUCAUGUCAUUCCACCCUUCAGUUCUCCAAAGGUCAUUCAUGCAGUGAAACUGGAUUUCGAUUCCAAACGGCGCAUGAUCUACUGGUCAGACACUCACCUGAAUGAGAUAAAGCGGGCUUCCCUCCUAGGCUCAGCUGUGGAGACCAUCAUUGACACCGUUAUUGAAAAUCCAUAUGGCUUUGCUGUGGACUGGAUCUCGAGAAACAUGUUCUUCACGUCCUAUGGAGAGGCAGGCAAGCACAUCUUUGCUUGCAGCCUGGAUGGGGAGUAUGUGUCGUCCAUUAUAGAUACCAACCUGGACUCGCCGGGUUCCCUGGCAGUUCAUCCCACGUUGGGGUUGAUUAUGUGGACUGACCAUGGCUUGCCCCAUGAAAGAAUUCAAGUUGCAAAGAUGGAUGGUUCAUCACGAAAGACACUAACAUCACGCCUCGAUAACCCAAAGCUUGAAGGAUCUACGAGCUUGACAGUGGACUUUGAGACAAACCACUUGUACUGGGUGAACCGUGACCAAGGCAUGGUCCAGCGACUGCUGCUGACCAGUCCAGAUCCUGUGUUUGAGAACCUGGAUGUGGCGCUGGGCGGAGAGCAGCCACAUGCUCUCGCCAUCUAUGGCUCACAGCUGCUGUUGGCCACUGACUAUGCCAUACAUGUUGCUGACAAGCGCAGCCCCAGAAAUUGCACUGUCCUGCGCAACAACACAGAUACUGUGCUAGCGCUUGCUGUGUAUGACGCAAGCCAACAAACUGGCGAAAAUCUGUGCAGCAAGAAUAAUGGAAACUGCUCUCACCUUUGUUUGCCGACAUCACAAACUACGAGGGUCUGCAAGUGCACAACUGGAUUCCUGCCUGAUCCAAGUGACGAGACCAAGUGUGUUGGCUACGCUGAAUUUCUUUUGUACUCCAUCAACUAUGAGAUACGGGGCAACUCCUUGGUGUCGUCAUCAUCACCAUCUCAGCGUGUGCUGGCUCCCAUCUCCAGAGUCUCUAUGGCAACAUCUAUUGACUUUGUUGAUGAAUACAUCUACUGGGUGGAUUCAGAAGGGGGGAGCAUCACACGAAUUCACAGAGACAUGACUGGACGAGAGACUGUUAUCAGUGGUCUUGAUGCCAUUGAAGGACUUGCAAUUGACUGGGUAGCAGGCAACAUGUACUGGAUUGACCCUUCGUACGAUGUCAUCGAAGUGUCGCGGCUCAAUGGAUCCGGCCGAUAUGUUCUCCUUUCUGGUAACAUGGAUAAGCCUCGGGCCAUUGUUGUGCAUCCGUACAAAGGGUACAUCUUUUGGAGUGAUUGGGGUGUACCACCAAAGAUAGAACGGGCAGCUCUGGAUGGCUCAAACCGAAUUGUCCUGGUCAAUGCGUCAGUACAGCUAGUGAAUGACCUGGCCAUUGACUUUGAAGAAGACAAACUCUACUGGUGUGACUCGCGCACAGACACAAUUGAGAGGAUCAACUUGGAUGGCACGGGACGUGAGACUGUCUUCCCAACACCUUCGGGAAAAGAGGAGGAAGACAUAGAGGACUCACAUCGUCCUCUCCAGAACCCUUUCUCGCUUGCAGUUCAUGGCAGUUAUGUCUACUGGGCUGACACCCAUCGUGAAGAUGGAUCUAUUUUCCGUGUCAAAAAGCACGACCCAGGCCUUGAGGAAAUGCUGGUGAACCACUUGACAGAUUCAAUCAAGGAUCUGCAAGUUUUCCACACACGACCGAAGCAAGAGACAAACAACCCAUGCAGUGUGGGCAAUGGAGGGUGCCAGGAGCUGUGCCUGUACAAGGGAGACAAUGGCCACACCUGUGCUUGCUCCCAUGGCCGAGUGGCUCCUGAUGGACGAACUUGCCAAGAUUACGAAGCCUUUGUCAUGUUCUCGAGGGUGCGCACUAUAGACAGCAUUCACAUGAUGGACGAGACGAAUCUGAAUGCACCAUUUCCAAGUAUCUCCAGUUCGGAGUUUAUGCGCAACAUCAUUGGCCUUGCCUUUGACUACUCUGAGCGCCGCAUCUUCUACUCAGACAUCCAGCGGGGUAGCAUCAACAGCGUUCACUUCAAUGGCUCUGGCCACACCGUUCUUGUACAAAAGCAAGGCUCAGUUGAAGGACUUGCGUAUGAGCCUGUGAACAAUGAACUCUACUGGACCAGCCACAGGGAUGCCUCUGUCGGCCGAGUCAGCCUGUCCGACCCCACUGCCCUUCCUGAAAAGAUUGUCAAGCUUGGCACUGAAGACAAGCCUCGAGGCAUUGUCGUCAGCAGCUGCAUCAAGCGGGUAUUCUGGACCAAUUGGAACAGCCACCACCCAAGCAUCCAAAAGUCAUACCUUAACGGCUACGAGCUGGAGUCAGUCAUCACGACCGACAUUCGCAUGCCCAAUGGCAUCGCCAUUGAUCACCAGCUGCAGAAGUUGUACUGGUCUGACGCACGACUUGACAAAAUUGAACGCUGUGACUUCAAUGGUGGGGAUCGUCACGUGUUGCUGAGCGAGCACCCGCAGCAUCCUUUCGACUUGGCCGUAUAUGGGGACUUUGUGUUCUGGACCGACUGGGUGGCGCACGCUGUGCUGCGUGCCAACAAGCAUACAGGAGCUGAUGUUGUGGUGCUGCGCAAGAAUGUUGUGCGACCUAUGGGCAUCAUUGCUGUGGCCAAUGACACCAAUGACUGCACAUUAAGCCCCUGUUCCACGCUGAAUGGUGGCUGCGAAGACCAGUGUGUGGUUGCCACAAAUGGUACCAUCUACUGUCAGUGCUUCCCUGGAAGAUCUCUGAUGCCAGAUGGGAGGCGUUGUGCAGUCAAGAUCGCCAACUGUACCAGUGCAGAGUUCCAGUGUGGAGAUGGGGCCUGCAUUCCUUUUGAGCUUGCCUGUGAUGGUGUCCAGGCUUGUCCUGAUGGCUCUGAUGAAAAUGUCAUUGACUGUGCCAUGUUGACCUGCCCGGAAGGUUUCUACAGAUGCCACAAUGGGCGUUGCGUGACCAAGAGCCGUGUCUGUGAUGGCUUGGAUGCAUGUGGCGAUUACAGUGAUGAGCUGAACUGUACUUGCAAGGGUGAUCAGUUCAAGUGUGCUCGGGGCCCCUGCAUUCCAUCUAACUUUGUGUGUGACUUUGAGCCCGAAUGCCCCGACGCCAGUGAUGAGAUCAACUGUCCUAAGCCAGACUGCACCAGACACCCGAUGACCUUGCAUCCAAACUUGCUUCUUGUGAACUGCGAGAGAACAACUGCAUGCAUUCACCUGGGUUGGAUAUGUGAUGGCCAGAACGACUGUUGGGACUUCUCGGAUGAAGAGAACUGCCAGACCACCACACCGCAAGUGUCGUGUCCUGCUAUGUCCUUCCGCUGCCUGAACGGUUUGUGCAUUCCGGACUCCUGGCGUUGUGAUCGGGAUAUGGAUUGCGAGGAUGGUCACAAUGGUUCACUUAGCUCAGACGAGAAGGGCUGUGAAUACAAAUGUGCAAGGGACCAGUUUCAGUGUACAGAUGGCGAAUGCAUAAGCCUUCUGAACCGCUGCGAUGGCCAGCCUGACUGCUCAGAUGGCUCUGAUGAACCACCAGCAUGUCGUAUGCGCCAGUGCGGUGACAGCGAGUUCAAGUGCAAUAGCACAGGCCAGUGCAUCCCCAACGCCUGGAAGUGUGAUGGCGCUGGCGACUGCCUGGACAACUCUGAUGAGGACCCAAGUCUUAACUGCACCAUUCGCCAAUGUAAGGCUAAUGAGUUCAAGUGCCUCAACCAAGUCUGCAUCCUGGACAGCUUCUACUGCGAUGGAGAUCAUGACUGUGAGGACGGCUCGGACGAGCCAAACACUUGUGAGAAGCACCGUUGUCGGGAGAACCAGUUCACGUGCAACAAUGGCCGCUGUAUUUCCAACCAUGCCAUCUGCAACGGCUGGGAUGAUUGCCGUGACGGAUCUGACGAGAAACCAGACUUGUGUCAUAAACAGAUUGCCAAGGGUGCUUCCUGUCCUGACGGCAACUUUUUGUGCGCAAACAAGAACUGCAUCAAUGACAGUCUUCUUUGCAAUGGCGAAAAUGACUGUGGCGACUUCUCUGAUGAAAAUCAGUGCAAUGUCAACGAAUGCGAGCUGUCGACCCACGCCUGCUCACAGCUUUGUGAGGACCGCCCAGUAGGCUACAAGUGCAGCUGUCACCCUGGCUUUGAGCCUAAAUAUGAUGGUCGCAUCUGUGAAGAUGUGGACGAGUGCACCACCAAGUUUCCUUGCACACACCACUGUCGCAACACGUAUGGGUCGUUUGCCUGCACAUGUGCGGAUGGCUAUUUCUCCAUUGAUGCAGGCCGCACCUGCAAGGCAAACUCCUCUGUGCGAGCUCAUUUGCUGUUGUCAAAUCGUUACUACAUACGGCAGAUCGACCUGCAUAAAAUCAGUUCCGAGAUACUAGCUCAAAACCUUACCAACUCUGUGGCUCUGGACUUUGACUCUGUUGAAGACUGUAUCUACUGGUCGGAGGUGACUGCAGUGGGAAGCUCCAUCAAGCGAAUGUGCCUCAAAGGGAAGCAACAACACGAGGUAUUGCACUCCACGACAGUGCAGAAUCCAGAUGGCUUGGCUGUGGAUUGGAUUGGCAGGAACCUCUAUUGGUGUGACAAGGGCAAAGACACAAUUGAAGUGUCUCACUUGGAUGGAAAGUUUCGUAAAGUCCUUAUCAGAACUGGGCUUGAAGAACCUCGUGCCAUAGUUGUGGAUCCUUCUGAUGGCUAUAUGUACUGGACAGAUUGGGGCGAGCACCCAUACAUUGGAAAAGCAGAGAUGGAUGGCACAAAUGUGCAUGUCCUGGUGAAUGAGUCUUCAGAGUCGAUGGGCUGGCCCAAUGCACUCACCUUGGAUUUGAUCACUCGUCAGUUGUUUUGGGCUGAUGCCAAGCAUGACUACAUUGCAACGGCCAAUUUGGAUGGAGGCAACAUCCGCAUUCUGGCUCGAAAUGGGCCCUCAUCUCCAUUACACCAUGUAUUUGCUAUGACACUGUUUGAAGACAAACUGUACUGGACUGACUGGGAAAGCAAAGCAGUGCUGUACUGCAACAAAAACAACUGCUCUAACAUCACCACACUAGUUCGCACUGCUAUUCGACCUAUGGACAUCCAGGUGCAACACCCUCUGAGGCAGAGACCAAUGCCUGACAACCCCUGCCAGGAUAAUGGCGGCUGUGCAACAUUAUGCCUGCUCAAAGCUGGCGGCAAAUCCACCUGCGCAUGUCCUGAAAAUUAUGUCUUGCAAGGGGACUCUGUGUCUUGUGAGAACAACUGCACCAGUUCGCAGUUUGUAUGUGAGAAGACAUACAAGUGCAUCCCCUCGCUGUGGCGCUGCGACACCCAGGAUGAUUGCGGCGAUGGAUCUGAUGAGCCAGCCAGUUGUCCGCCAUUCCUGUGCAGCCCUGGCCAGUUUCAGUGCGCUGACGAACAGUGCAUCCAGCCUAGUCAGUUGUGUGACGGCAAGCCACAAUGCACAGGGGGUGAUGACGAACACGACUGUGACAAAUAUACCUGUUUGCCAAGCCAAUUUAAAUGCCCUGGUAAUGGGACAUCACAGGCAUACUGCAUAUCAGUGGCAUCGCGUUGUGAUGGCCACAUUGACUGCACAAUGGGAGGCGAGGAUGAACUCAACUGCCCACCGAAGACUUGUCCAGCUAAUCAGUUUAAAUGCAACAACAGUCGUUGCAUCCCUGAUGUAUGGACUUGUGAUGGAGACAAUGACUGCUUUGAUGGAUCAGAUGAACCACCUAACUGCGCUGACAGAGUGUGCCCUCCGAAUUCAUUCCGAUGCUCAUCUGGCCGCUGCAUACCCUUGGCUUGGCGCUGUGAUGGCGACUACGACUGCUCAGGUCGAGAAGAUGAAGGCCCUUCGUGCGAUGAAGAAGCCAUGAGCUGCCACCCAUCUUACUUCCGUUGCAACAAUGGCCGAUGCCUGCCUGGCCAUUGGCAGUGUGACUUUGAUGACGACUGUGGGGAUGGUUCAGAUGAGAAGGACUGUGAACGCCGAAGUUGCUUGAACAACGAGUUUCAGUGUGCAAAUGGGAGGUGCAUCAAGGCUUCUAUGCACUGCAACGGAGAGUUCAACUGUGAGGAUCGCAGUGAUGAGACCAACUGCAACUCAACAUGUCGUUCUAAUGAGUUCUACUGCAAAGUUGUGGGCCACUGCAUUCACAAAGAGUGGCGGUGCGAUGGCGAUGUAGAUUGCGCUGAUGGCUCAGAUGAAGAAGGUUGCAAUAUAGCAUGUAAAACAGGAGAGUUCCAGUGCCAAAAUGGACAUUGCAUCACUAGCGCAUUCCAGUGUGACAACGAAGAUGAUUGCGGAGAUGGUUCAGAUGAAGAUCACCAGCUUUGCCUGCAUUUUGCAUGCCCACCCGGGAAGUUCAAGUGCAAGAACAGCCUCUGUGUACCGGGGUCAAGUGUGUGCGAUGGAAAGGAUGACUGCGGCGAUAAUUCAGACGAGGACACCCCUCAGUGCCAUCAUUGUAAGGCACAUGAGUUCAAGUGCAAGAGCCAGCGAUGCAUAGCAAGCAAUUUUUUCUGCAAUGGAAUUGAUGACUGUGGUGACGGCUCUGAUGAAGACGACUGUGACACGGGACCUUGCCGAUUUGGCACCUGUUCUCAGACCUGCAACAUCAAGAAGAAUUCAAGCCACAGCUGCAGCUGUGCUCACGGUUUUGUCAAAGACCACAGACGCAACAAUUCUUGUGUGGCACAAGGAGACAAAGCUUUCCUACUCGUGGCAAGCGAAAAUGAGCUCCGCCACGUGGACCCAUACAAGUCGUCGCACCAAGACGGCCAAGGCAUGCUGGGCAACUUGGACCCUUCAAACCGCAUCCAUGCCGUCGACCUCCUUUACAACGACUCUCAAACGCUGGUGUUCUGGGCCAGCUUGCACAUGGGUGCCAUUUACCGCAGGCACCUUUCACCGCUGCCCCAAAGAACGGAAAAUACCCGACGCAAGCGACAAGCAGCUGGCGACGCUGCUGUAAUGCUGGGCAACCUGACUGAGCCAAGAGGGCUGGCUGUGGAUUGGGUCGGACAGAUGCUGUACUGGGUGGAUGCAGGGGAGCACAGCAUCUCUGUCGCUUCCCUGGAUGGCCGCCUGCGAAGAACUCUCAUCUCCGAGAACUUAGACCAGCCCAGCGACAUUGCUGUGGAUCCUCACUCUGGAUACCUGUUCUGGACAGAGACGGGCUCGAAGCCUAGAAUUGGUCGUGCGGGCUUAGAUGGCUCCAAUCCACGCACAUUGGUGGAUGCACGUGUAGUCUGGCCCACUGGCAUUGCAGUGGACCAUGCAGCAGGCCGCAUCUAUUGGGCUGACCGUAAGGCAUCUCUGGUGGAGACGGCCAACUUCGACGGCAAAUUGCGUCACAUUGUUUACAACAGGACAUCUCAUGACACUGCACAUGCACAUGAUGAGAGCCCCUAUCGAGUGGACGUUUUUGAGGACAACCUCUACAUCAGCACAUUCCCAAGCAACGCCAUCCUGCGCGUCAGCAAGUUUGGAGGGGGCAAAGUGACCUACCUCAUCCGUGGCCUACACAGGGCCACUGACGUGGUCAUUGUUCAAGAGCACAAGCAGAGUGCACCAAUGAACAACCCCUGCAGCAAGAACUCCUGCGGCUCGGGUGCCCUGUGCGUGCUUCGCAGCUCCAAGGAGUUCAGCUGCCUCUGUCCGGAUGGCAUGGUGGAGACCAGGACAGUGGACUGGCACAACUGCUUGCACUAUUGUGGCUCCCACCCCUCCCUCACCAGAUGGCCUGACGAGACAACCAGCAUGGCUAGGCCCGACGAGACAACCGGCGCGGGGCCAGCGCUCAACAUCAAAGGUGUGCCCGUUCCACUGCCGAAAUUCAGUGGCUACCAGGACCGACACUCGCCGCAAGACUUUCUGGAGAAGUACUCGGAGUACUGCCAUAUUGCAGAGAUCCCCCCUGACCACCGUUUGCAGUUGCUUCCAGCAACGUUGGAGGGGUUGCACGUCCCUGGUGGUUCACAAAAUAGACACAGGCAGCGCCUGGUUAACAGCCAAAAGAGAGAAAUUCUUGAUGGGUGUAUUCGAGAUUUGCUAGACCAAGACCUCAUUGAGCCCUGCUCCAGUUCCUGGGCCAGUGGCCUUGUAUUAGUAAAGAAGAAAACUGGAGGAUAUUGCCUUGCGGUUGACUACAGGACCCCAAAUGCCAUCAUAACUGUGCCAGUAUACCCCAUGCCCCACACAGACUGGGUACUGGCUCAGCUCGGCUGCGCUAGGUGGUUCACAAGACUCGACCAUGCUCAGGGAUUCUUUCAAGUGUCGGUUGCUCCCGAAGAUGUACCGAAGACUGCAUUCCUGUGCCACAGAAGAGCGUUUCAAUUUAAGCGAAUGCCAUUUGGGGUAGCAGGUGGGCCGGCAACAUUUCAGUCUCUCAUGGACAAAGUGUUAGAAGGCCUAAAACACAACUACUGCAUGGCAUUUCUUGACGAUGUGCUCAUUUAUUCAGCUACUUUUGAGGACCACCUACAACAUAUCGAUGAGGCACUGCGAAGAAUUGGCUCUGCAGGUCUGACAAUCAAUUCCAGCAAAGUUACAUGCUGUAAACAGGCAUUAAAGUUCCUUGGUCAUGUAAUCUCUCCAGGCAAAUGUCAACCUGACCCGGACAAGGUGCUAGCAGUUGCAGAGUUCCCAUGCCCUAAAACAGUCAAGGAGCUCCAAAUGUUUUUGGGCCUUCCUUGUUUGGCAGAGGACUGGUUUGAAAUUGAAGUGCAAGAGCCACAACAAACCAUUCGUUUUGAACUAGCAGCCCCCGUUGACGUGACUGAUGUGUCCCCACUCACCGACACUGCAAAGUUCCAGUUGGAACAACACAAGGAUCCACUGCUGCUGCAGCUGCUGCAAUACUUAAAGUCUGGCUCGCUACCUGGUGACGCUAAAGAGUCCAAGAGGGUGCAGGACCUAGCUGAUGACAGCGAAAUCUCGAACAGUGGUAUCCUUAUGUACACGGUCUGUGAAUGUAAGGUCGCCUGGCUUCCCCAACACUUACGAGACAUGGCACUGAAAAUGGAGCAUGACCGCCCCCUAAGUGGGCAUUUAGGCUUCUUUAAAACUUGGAAACGUGUGAAGAGCCGGUUCACAUGGCUCGAUAUCCGCUCCGAUAUCUCCUGUUACAUCCGCAGCUGCCAGCAAUGCCAGGCUUUCAAACCUCACCGGCAAAAACCAAAAGUACUGAUGGACAGUUCAUGGGCCACCCACCCAAUGCAGCAGCUUAGUGUGGACCUUAUUGGGCCACUGCCCACAACCCAUCGGCGCCGCAAGUACAUCCUGGUUGUGCUGGACAAGUUCACGAACUCCAUUUCUAGCGACAAUGGCAAACCAUUCAUAAGCAAACUGUGGAACGGCAUUCUUCAGCACUGCGGAAUCAAGGAGAGCCACACAUUCCCAUACAGACCAGCAGGACAGACUGUGGAACACCAUAAUGCAACGGUUAAGCAAUGCCUGGUGGGCUACUGCACUUCCCACAGGGACUGGGACAAAAGGCUGCCCGAAGUGGCGUUUGCAAUGCGCACGUCUGAAAGUGUAGUUACUGGCUUUACGCCUGCCUUCUUGUGCUAUGGGUGGGAAUUACGGAACCCGUGGAGCCAUCACAAUCAGGCAGCUGGCACCGAGGUACCCCCUUCUGCGCCUCAUGCCCUAGCUGCUGAACUGCAUGUGUACCUUCGAGAUGCCUGGGCCUUUGCUCAGGACCACCAAACUUUGGCAAAAGCCAGCCAGGCAAAGUAUUACAACAAAAAACGCACUCCAGCUACCUUCCAGGUUGGAGACUUUGUUCUCUGGGACACGCAUCCGCUAACCAAGUGCGAGUUGAACUGCCUUAGUGGAGGAACCUGUGUGCUUGGCAACAACCGUCAGCCCUUCUGCAGGUGUCCUGUGGGCUAUACGGGAAAAAGAUGCGAGCGGUAUGUGUGUUCCCAGUACUGCAAAAACAAGGGCCUAUGUAACGUCAUCACAAGCCAGGAGAUGUACUGCAUCUGUCCUCCACAGUGGACUGGCAAACGAUGUGAAACGCCUCUCAACAUAUGCGAACUCUGCAUGAGAGAUGGAUCAUGUACCAAUGGGUUUGCAGACGUCCGAUGCAAGCACUGUAUCUUGAGGUGCACCCAAGAGGACCCCUGCCGCACUCAGGGAGAAGAAGACCACUGCGUGCACGGGGUGUGCCGUGUCAACGAGACUGGCGUACGUCAAUGCAUAUGUGACAGCAGUUACACCGGUGAACGCUGUGACAGGCUCACGCCACUGUGUGACUCGUACUGCAGAAACGGCGGAACCUGCCUGGGCCGCAAGAAGCUUCCCUGCACAUGCCCGGCUGGUCUCCUGGGCAGUGACUGUUCCCCAGGUGGCUCAAGCUGUGGCUGCCUACAUGGUGCCACCUGCAUCACCACCAAGCACGAGGAAGGUCUGACACAGCGCUGCGUCUGCCCUGCGGGAUUUACUGGCGAGCGCUGCGAGAGCCGUCUUGCCGACAUCUGCCUUGAUUUUCCCUGCCUCCAUGGUGGCGUCUGCUACACCUCGGCGGGCCAGCCUCUCUGCAAGUGUCCCCUGGGCUGGGGUGGUCUGCACUGUGACCAGAGCACCAGCUGCAAAAACUUUUGCUUCAACCAUGCCACAUGCCUGCUGUCAUCUCAGAACGAUGCAAUGCCAUCGUGCCUAUGUGCUCGAGGAUUCACUGGCCCACGCUGCCAAGACAAGGUUGAUCAGAUCGCUUACAGUGACCACAGCACCUCUGCCUCUGACAACUUGCCUAAUAUCUUGGGCGCCAUCCUGAUUCCUGUGGUUGUCACCAUUUCACUGGUUGUGCUCGUUACCAUGGCGGUGCUAAUAUACCGGAAGAGAAAGCGGUCCAGACCUUUCCAUCAUGUGCGCAUGCAAGAAAGUGGAGGAAGUGGCGGCAAUGUGGAAAUCAGCAAUCCCAUCUAUCUUCGUGGUGACUGUGAAGAUGAUGCUGCAGAAGCUCUAAAUGCUUCCUUCACUCUCGACCCGGACAAGGCCACAAACUUCAGCAAUCCAGUAUAUGACUCGCUGUAUGCUGACAGCAAUGGAACUGGCGAAGAAAAGAAAGGGCUUCUGCAGGGAGAGCCACAGGUGGACUUCUUUGAUGGCCAGAACUCUACAGGCCCCUGCAACGAUCACCCGCUCGCCUAACAGUCACCGAUCUUCAUGAGAGGCUGCCAGCCCCUCAGUGAUGUGGUAGCACGUCACGGCAGCUGCGCAGUAAAACUUCAGACAUAGGUGAAAGGCUGCCAUGAAAAGAACCUCCCAAGUCUGCCGUCGUCUCUCGAAAGACCAGCUCGAAGUGUCACAAGUGCAGCUAUAUGAGCAUGAGGAACGAGCCGCUAGCUUAUCUCUUCUUCGACAUCUCACAGCUUGUCAUCAUCUUUUGUUUACUCAAACGUGUAACUACUGACAGGUCUGCUGUGCCGAACUUGUCACCGCAGGUGGCACACAUGUGUGCUGGUUGAGUGGACAGUCAAAGAUGGUCUCUUCUCCUAUUUUUUUACUUUCUAAGGUCACAGAGUCACCUGAUGCAUACUACAUGCCAUUUGUCAUUUGCGCACAGGAAAGUUCCAAGGAGAACUGUAUAGUUCAUUGUUCCCUCUGCUCUUCAGCUUCCUAUAUAUAUUUUUUUUUUCUGCACUGAGUUGCAUGUGCCAAGUGCCCUGUAUUUUUCCAUUCUCAAUCGUUUCACAUAUUGGCCAGCUGUAAAAGUGAGUGAGACGUGCAUUUCACAGGUAUAUCAAAGGGUCGCACCACCACUGACAAUUCCUACAGAUGCAUUUACUAAUGAGGAGUGUAGUUUUGCCCUUGUAGUACUGCUCGAAUUAUUACUCAGCAAAAGGAAGUAUGAGAAUGAAGUGGCAUGUCUUUUUACAACGGUCACGUGGACAGCCUUUUUGUGCUACUCUAGCCGCAUACUCUCCUAGGGAAAAACCAUCUGCAGAGGAACAGUCUUGAACAUGGUAGCUUGAAGUGCUAGUCACAUACAUUGCCUGUAUAUCUCUGUCUGCCUUUUCAAACGUUACGCAUUUUGCAGUCCUUCAUUUCCUCUCUCUUUUAAUAUUUUUACUCUUGGUCCACACACUUUGUUUGUAAAUGUUCUUUCACUACUUAAAUAAUGAGUCACUUUGUUUUCGGGACCUUGAGCAACGACCAUUGCCCUGCCAUUUACGUGUGCCAUUUUAUUAAGUGCUGGCACACUGCAUUGGUAGGAGCCUGGUGAACUUUUUUAAAACUUUUAUGUUAUGCAUUGAAAGCAGCAUGUUGUUCAAAUGAACUAGGCAGCAAGACCAAAUUUUGAAAGUUUGGCAAUCAGCAGUUGUCUGCAGCUGCUAAAAGACAUUGCCCGCGUGUCUGUAGUCCUGCUAACUUAAGCUGCUUGUUUUAGGGUCCUUUUAGUUGUUUUUUUUUUUUUUUUUUUUUUAGUAGUCUCAUGGAAAAAAUGAGGGUCUUUUUGUUGCGGCUAGAAGCUUAUCGCUGGAGUGUAGCAUGAGAUUGCCCUGCAUCACAGAGGUCUUGACAUGCAGAUGCAAUCUAAUAGGAAUGCCUCUUUUUUCUUUUUUUUUUCUUUUUUUUUUUUUUGCUUGAACAAUUGGUUUUAAUUGCUCUGCCAUGGUACUGCUGUGCAUUGAGGCAGCAGAGUACAUCCCUUCCAGCAGCAGUGAAGAGUAACCGUACUGCCGAGGGAGCGUCUUGUGGAUUUGUCCAGGGAACCCGUGCCAAAGAAAACAGCCCUUAUUAAACUGUGUGUGAGUUUGUGCUGUCAAUUAGUGGGAUGUAGACAGUUAUGAAACUAAGGUUCAUGUAUGUCGCCAUUAUUUCUAGGCAGCUUUUUUACUCCACUGAUUGACACUUACUUGUCCUCUGACCUCUUCACCUGAUAUUAAGCAUUAUUAGUGUUGUACAUAGUAGCUCAUUUAUGGAGGUCGCAUGGUACUUGUAGCAAUAGCGUGUCGAUCAAGACAGAACUAUUCCAGAUCUUCCCAGAGUUUCUAUAUCUUUUUGUUUCAGUUGAACUCUGUUUUGUUUCCACAAGUUUACGAGCCUGCGUAUGUACAUUUUAAUAUGCUUUGUGCUAGUUAUCAGCGUCUUUGUAUAGCAGUGGGGAUGUGGCUGUGCUGAUUUUCUGUCCAGUGGCUCACAAUAGGCAUAGCAGUUGUGAACAAGGUCUUCUGCAACUACACAUUGCUCAAGAUGUGCUGAAAGAAAAAAAAAAAACCCUGUUGCACUUGCAAACUAUAGCACAACGUCAAUUGACAAAUGACAGUUCUUCCAUUCAUAGUCUUGCUCCUAAUCUGAUAUUGACUAGUCACAAGUUUCAAUGACAUUUUAAACCUAACUGCUGCAGAAAAAGUCUACCCAGCCACUCUUUCCGCUAUUGCCGGUGAGCACGGGUUCUGUGGUCUGCUCUGGGGAUGAGUGACUUGAAUGCAUUUUAAUUGGUACUGGCUCUAAAAGAAACUUUUCUUUUAGCUUGUGGGGUUGAGCAGCUCAAUUUUGUAGUUGUUUUUUGCAAUCUGUAUUGUUGUGUUGUGAUACUGUAGGUGUACAAAAGAAUAAAUGUGAUGAUAUUUGCUGCA